AUGCCGGGCAGCAGCGAGGCCAGCCCGGGACUCCCCACCACUACCACCGCCGCCGCACGGACAUUUGUCCCGGUGCUUGAGGAUGUUGGUGUUGCUGCCGCUCCCCUCCCGCUCCUCGCCCUGCCCUUACCGCCAGCGCCGCCGCCCGCUCGCCAUUUCAAAUCCGCCCGCCCGGACGUCCCUCAGAGCGUCCCACGGAACUGCCUCAUGGAGGGGCCGCGGGCGGAGCAGCGCCCAGAGGAGGGAACGGAGGGGACGAGGGAACGGAGGGGAGGACGAGGGAACGGAGGGGAGGAGGAGGGAACGGAGAGGAGGACGAGGGAACGGAGGGGACGACGAGGGAACGGAAGGGAGGACGAGGGAACGGAGGGGAGGACGAGGGAACGGAGGAGAGGAGGAGCGAACGGAGGAGAGGAGGAGCUGAAGCCCCGGAAGUGCUCAGGGACGGGCCAUGGCCGUACAGCGACAUGGCGGCGCCCGCGGAGCACCUCUGCAUCUUCAGAAGACUGGCCAAAGGCUUCAAUCAGGGAGAACUACACCUGUCUUCCUGAAUCUCCAAGCCAGUGUCUGCUGUCCCCACCAAAGCUGCAAUAUCAGUUCAUUGCUGUGCCGCCACCACCCAGAACAGGACCCUCUGUCCCUGAAAGUGCUGGCCCUGGUGCCUGCUCAGGCCUGAAUGUGGGCCCCUCCUGCCCGGGAAGGGCUUGAGCAACACCUUUGGGCUUCUGCUCUGGGGUCUGGCUGGUACCACCAGCACUGGCACAGCUGCUUGGCUGGCCACAGCCUUGGCUGGGCAGGCAGCAGCCGGGCAUGGGGCAUAUCUUUGUUUUUCAUUUUUAGAGAUUAGAAAUUACUAGAAAUAUUUAAAUUUUUUUUUGGUAGAAAGAAAUCCCCAAAUGUUUCUUCUCCUUUUCCAUAAUAGUGAUAUAUUUUUCAAAGCAGUUUUAGAAUUCUGGAAUAUUUUUUACACUUCUGCAAUAAAAGAUGAAAUUGCAUUUAAUUGGUAAUGUGUACUCUAGGAAGAACUGAGACACCCCAAGACACCCAGCAUACUGGGGAGGCUCUUUUCCCACUGGAGAUUUGGAUCUAGUAAAAAAAAAAAAUUGCAUAAAAUAUUUUUCCAGAUAUUUUCUGGGAUUAUUGACAAGCUCACCUCUUAGUCUUCAGAGGCAAACUUUGAGCACAGUGGAAAUCACUUAAAUUCACAAUCUUUGCUUGUGGAAGAACUCCCUCAGUUCUAGAGCAGGGGCUUCUUCCUGCUGCCCUCAGGCUCUCCUCUCGGCCUUCUGGGCUUUGUUGGGCAGCACAGCCUGUGCCAAGGGGCGGAAAGGUACCUGCAGGCUCCAGACGUGGGGGAAACAGGGAAUAUCCUGGCCAUAUCCACCGUGCUGCCAGCUCAGCAGUGGAGCACAGCACGGACUCACGCUGCCCAUGGCUCCCACAGAUGCAGCUGGCACCACAACAUGUGUUCCCAGUUCCCAGAAAGGCAUUGGAGAGGUUUCUGUCAUGGAACACGCUGCCGGCUAGAGUUAACGGCACACCUGGCUUUUCUAUGGCAUGCAGGUGAUGGGGGACCCCUAUAAAGCUGCCAGAUGAUUGGGGUCCAUCGUGAGGCACACGGACAGGGUGUUGUGUUUUCCAGUAAGACAGGCACAGAUUUGGGUCUUUUGGAAGUGGUGCAUGUGGCUGAGGUUUCCUCUUGAAAUUCUUAGGGGAAUUGGGAUCACUUCUAUGGCUACAGGUGACUGGAGAACACUGUAAGACUGGCAGGGGGCUUGAGUUCCUCGUGAUUUACGUGACCAUUUAGUGGUUGCCAUCAAGGCCUGGAGAGGAGCUGAGUCCUUCCUAAAAUGAGCCGGGGGCCGGAUUCUUUUGUGAGGCACAUGAGGUUAUUUUGGGGUCUCUGAAAAGGUGUGCACAGAUUCCCUGUGAAGAACAAGGGAUAUUUUGGGGUCCCUGCCAAGGUAUGCAGAGAUCCCUUAUGAGGCACAAAUGAAUAUGGUCUCUGUAAUAAAUUAUGGUUGUAUUAAAAAUUCGGAGUGUAUAAGAAAGAUAUGUUUUGUAGAGACAAAACAAAAUAUAAAGCAUGGAAAAGCCUCCCCCCCCAAGUGGGAUGAGGCUUUUCGCCAAGGAGUUGCUGAUUGCCAGCAACGCCCAAGAUAACUAACCAAAACCGGCCCAUCAACCCAAACAAACACACAGGACACGGAUCAUCAGGAAAACAAUGACACUAGCUCGGGAAAUUAUCUACCUCCGGAUCCAAGCAACGCCCUGCGGAUUCCAGUGGGUAGAGAAACCGAUCAAUAGGAAAAAGACAAGUUCCAAAAGAAAGGCUUCGCCAGACUCAAACAUUUCUGUGUUGAAAAAGCAAUCAGGGGAAACAAAGGAGGAAACCCGGCCGAGAUACUCAUCGGCACCAACCCGGAUUCCACCACCCUGUCAUGAAAAACUUAACAUUGCAACACACAGAGUCUCCUUUGCAUGUGAGGAGAUUCUGGCCGGACACGAAAUAAUGUCAUCAUUCUAUGUCAGGAAAUCCAUUCACUGGACAAUCAAGGACACUUGGUGAAUGGAACUUGCCUGGAAUUUUGGCCUGAGGACUUAAAAA